CAAUUCUCACUAAUAAUUAUUAGAGCGCUUCCGUUUCCGGUACUCUAUAAGCCCUAUUUCUUUUCCAAAAAGCAGCCGCACAUUUUCUGAGCCUGUGAACGCAUCGAUAAGAGCGUGUAGAGGAAUCUGUCGCACUCGAUAGCAAGAACUCCAUGUCUCUAGCCGCGACUCGUUGGGAAAAUAUUUGCACCCAUCGAUCCUUUCGUCACUGUGACCAGUUCACCGAUCGUCUUAACAACGGCUCUUCGACAACUUAAAAGUUGACGAAGAAGCCAGGUGAGCCAAGACUCUCCCAGACACGGUCUCCAUGCCUGAUCUCAUUUUCCACGUCCCCCACCACGCCGGAGAGCUCCGUUUCAAAUGCGAAACCUGUGGCCAUCGCUCCAAAAGACUCAAGGGCCACACUCGUCUCCAAAACCACACGGGAGAGCGUACCUUUGCAUGCGGAAUAUGUCACAAACGCUUCAAGCGAAAUGAUGUUUUACGACGCCAUGAAGACAUUCACACCGGAAAUCGUCCCUUCAAAUGCGGAACAUGUGAGAAAUGCUUCAGACGGAAAGGUGAUUUACAAUCCCAUGAACGCAUCCACACUGGAGUGCGUCCAUAUGGAUGCCAAUAUUGUAUAUUCCGCUCCAAUUGUAAAAGAAGUGUCAAGUGCCAUGAGAAAACUCGGCAUCCCGAUCUUCCAGUCGAUGUUGAGUAUAUUUCCGAGUCUAGCUCGACCGCGAAUGAUGUUGCCUUACGGAAAACACUCAACACCUCCAGUUCCAUAGAGGCCUCUGCGCGGAGUUCUGGAAAUACGAUCGCUCAAUAUGACCUCUCAAUGUACCAGGAGGAGUAUCAGAGGAGCGGUCCAAAAACAACCUCCAGUAAUACCUAUGGAAUUCGCGAGCAGCCGAGUUCCGCUUGUACACGCGUUUCUGCACAGCACCAGCACCCCCUUCCAAGUAUCCACGAAUUGGGACUCCUGGAGUGCAGAAUGCCCGAGGCUGAAUAGCCACGCGACCACAAUACAAAUCUCCUGCAGGGGGUUGCCGUUGGAGCCGGCGCUAUGGGGAACGAAUUACCAGCGGUUAAGGCGAAUGGAUCGAGGGAUUCUCUUGGUACUAUUUGAUCCUCGUAGUCGUGGAGUUGGUGGGUGUCCUGGCCGGUUUGCAAACAAUUCAAGCCUGCAACCCGGGAUCACCUUCAAUCAUUCUCUUGCCACAAUCUUGUUUUCUAAAACUCUCUCGCCAUCUCUUCGUGACAUGAAAUGUAAAACCUGAGAUGCUGAGCUGGAUUGGCUCGUGCGAGUCGA